UAGGUAAAAAAAACCCUAAAAGUAUCUUUUAUGUGCAUGCAUCACAGGGUGUCGCAUGCCUGGAGAUGUACGUUCUCCGGAAGACUUCUGGGCUGUCAUUCGGGAUGGAAAAGACACCAUAACAGAGGUUCCUCCGCACAGGUGGUCACUGGAAAACUUCUACGAUCCUGACCACUCCAAAAAAGGUAAGAUGAUCUCUCGAAAGGGCGGCUUCAUCGAUGGCAUCGACAAGUUUGAUAACUCGUUCUUCAGGAUAUCUCCCAGAGAGGCUGCGUCUAUGGACCCGCAGCAGCGCAUUCUCUUGGAGGUUGUGCACGAGGCAUUUGAGGACGCUGGCAUAAUAUCGGAAACAUUAGGGGCCUCGGGUGGCGUGUAUGUAGGUGUAGGAAUGAUGGACUAUGCGGUUCAGACAGUUUCAGAGACCUCACUCAUCAAUCCCUAUACAUUAACGGGGACCUCAUUUAGCACAGCAGCCAAUCGAGUUUCGUACGCCUUUGACUUGCGAGGACCCAGCUAUUCCGUCGACACUGCCUGCGCUUCAUCUGUGACGGCAAUGCACCUUGCUUGCACUGGUCUGUGGAACCACGAGUGCAAAACGGCGGUCGUUGCCGGUUGCAACGCACUCAUUAUCCCCGAAACGUCUGUGGCUUUCACGGCAUUGGGCGCGCUUUCCAAAGAUAGUAAGUGCUGUCCCUUCUCCAGUACAGCUAAGGGUUAUGUGCGCAGUGAAGGUUGGGGUGCAGUCAUCCUGAAACCGCUGCCCAUCGCACAAAAAGAUGGCGAUCACAUCUAUGCACUUAUCAGGGGAACAGCCAUAGCAGCUAAUGGCUUUUCUACUAGUUUGACUAUGCCUUCAAGUGCUGCACAGGAAUAUGUUAUGAAACAAGCCUAUUUCAGAUUCGGUGUCCCGUUGUCAAAUGUUCAGUACGUAGAAGCUCACGGGACAGGGACACCUGUUGGGGAUCCCAUCGAAGCAGAAGCCAUUGGAAAGGCCUUUGGUCCACACCGAGAGAAACCACUGAAGAUUGGCUCUGCUAAAGGAAACUUUGGCCACAAUGAGUGUGCGUCUGGUGUUACUACUUUAAUCAAAGUAGCCCUAAUGCUAGACCACAAAGUGCUUUGCCCGACAAUCAACUUCACCGAGACAAACCCAAACAUCAAGUUGGACGAAUGGAAGCUUCAAAUUCAAACAGAGUUACAAGAGCUACCAUCAUCUGAAAAGACGUUAACGUUUGGUUUGAACAGUGCUGGCUUUGGGGGAGCAGUAGGCCACAUCAUCCUUCAAGAGGCCCCUCGUGGCAUCAUACAGGCCCCCGCCGCAGUAUCUGCUGGCUGGAGAUUUGGAGGUGGCACCUCGGGUUCACCCAUAGUCGUACCCCUUUCAGCAAUAUCCACUGAAGCAUUGCAUGAUGUUGCUGAGCAGUGGCGAGGUUUCAGAAGUGAGCAUGAUGCACUCCGAAUUGUUUCUUGGUUAACAUGUCGUAGAAAACACUAUGAAUGCCGCCUGGCAGUCAUCAGCAACUCUGGCGAGGCCUUCCAGGAACAACUAGAGCAGUACCUUGAAGUACGGAGUGGCAGUGAGAUUUCAGCAGGUGUUUCCAGAGAGAAGCCCAAGAUCUGUUUUGUUUUUCCUGGACAGGGCCAGCAGUGGGGCAAAAUGGGGCAGCGAUUGUUCCUCAGGGAGACAGUUUUCCGCGAAGCUAUUUUGGAAUGUGAUGAAGUAUUCAAGAAUUUGAGCGGUUGGUCGUUGCUUUAUGACAAAAACAUUUUCACCAAUGGAUCAAAAGACCAAGAGGACCAAACAGCUAAUUUAGACAGCGAGAUGAAAGAAACAGCAGUUUUACAACCUUCCAUUCUGUUUUUCCAGAUUGGGUUGCUGCAUCUCCUGCGAUACUGGGGGAUCCUGCCUGACGUCAUAGUCGGUCACAGCCUUGGUGAGGUGGCUGCAGCCUAUGCAUGUGGCGGUCUCACCCUUCAAGAGGCCGUUCAUGUUAUAUACCACCGAAGUUUCCAACAGGCACAGCUGAAAGGAGCCGGAAGCAUGGCAGCGCUUCGCUUGCCUCUGGCUGAAGCCAAAGAUGUUUGCCAGCAGUAUGACAACUUGUAUGUAGCUGCUGUCAAUGCCCCAGCAGCAACAACAAUUGCUGGAGACACCGAUGCCAUAUCAGAAAUAGCCCGAAAAAAACCAACCGUGGCCAAACAACUGAGAGUUCAAUGUGCCUUCCAUACUCCAUUUAUGGAUUCAAUGGAGGCGCCAUUCCGAUUGGCCAUGAAAGGGUCUGUCAACACAGAACCAGGAGCUGGUUCCAUUCCCUUCUAUUCCACUGUGAUAGGAGAGGUAUACACCGGUGCAUUUGGUACCAACUACUGGUGGCAAAACAUCAGAGGCACGGUUAAGUUCCAGGCCGCUGUAGAAGAAGUCCUGAAUAACAAAGACGUCAAUGUAUUCCUCGAAAUCGGGGCCUCUGCUACUCUCCUCUCUUCCGUGAAUCAGAUUUAUGCUCGUUUCAAAGGCAGAACGAGCCCCAAACUCAUCCCUACAGGUCAGCGAGAGCAAGAUGACUACCUCACAGCACUGCGGGCUUUAUCAAACCUGUACGUUGCUGGAUGUGACAUCAAUUGGAGAAACGUCACAGGAGGACCCACCACUUGGGCCCAAUUGCCAACAUACCCAUGGCAGCAUCAGUCCUUCUGGCUGGAAACUGAUGAAAGACGGAAGCGCAGACUUGGUCAAGAUGACAGGACUUUCAAAGGACAAGCCGGAAAUAUUUCUCUUGAAAUGUUUCCAUUUCUUGCUGAUCAUGUUGUGCAAGAUCAGCUUGUUUUUCCCGGAGCAGGAUAUGUCGAGAUGAUGGUGCAGUCCGUCUUUGACGAGGAUGAAUGUCCUGCUUUGUCCAAAGUGUCAUUCAGCAAGAUCAUUGCUUGGACAGAGUCGGAAGACGGGAACACCAAGCCACUGGGUCUUCAGUGUCACAGAGAAGGUUCACAUGUUGAAGUAACUUUGGAUGGGUCAAGCUAUUCCUCAGCUAAAAUUAACAUAUCUUCGGAACCAGAGUUGAGUCUAAUCUCAAUUGAAGAGAUCCUCUUGAGGUGCACGACUCGCGUCAGUGGUGAAGACAUCUAUCACGCAUUAGCAGACCUUGGUUUAGAUUAUGGCCCCUCCUUUCAGGUUAUCAAAGAGGCUGCUCUAGGAGAUGGGGAAGUAUUGGGAUUCCUUUCACCCGUGAAAUCUGAUAGCAAACAGCGAAUGCAAGUGACACAUUUAGACGCCUGCUUUCAGCUGUUGCUUGUAGCGUCUGGGAGUAACACAAGUCUAUAUCUUCCUGUUUUCAUUCAAUCCCUACACAUGAGUGUCCCACGACUGUCAGCCACAGAAUCUCUUGUUGCCUACGUCCGGAUGACUGAAUUUGAUUCUAGAGUACUUGCUGGGGAUAUAACCAUUUCCACGUGUCAAGGAAGAGUGCUACUGAAAGCUUACAACUGUGAGUGCCGCAACAUCACUGGUUCCAAGACGGGUGUUCCUUUAGAAUCUUGCUUGUACAUUACACGCAUGCAACCUUUGCAGUCCUGUUUUCCAAACCCCUCAACUGCUUGUGAGAAGUUUGAACUUGACUACCUCAGGAAAAAUUUUCCGGAUGAAACUGAGUUCCUCACAAGAGCGCAGCCUUGGAUUCCAUCUCUGGAGAGGGUCUGCAUCUCAUGCAUUUAUCAGGCUUUAAAUGGCACCGCCGCAAACAAACACGUUGACCAACGACUUGGCCGUUAUCUCAAGCAGACGACAGAAACGUCCAGAACAAACUGUCCUAGUGAAGUGGCAGUCACAAAUAUUGCGUCUGUUUUAGACAACAUUGAAGCCAAUCUGCCAGAAAUACAGCCAGAGAUUGCUCUUCUACGAAGUCUUGCAAACAUAGCAAAAAGCGUGAACAUAACAAUUUCGUCGAACCGCAGAUCUUCCAUAACUCGACGGUCUUCCCUGAGAGAGACGAGCCCAGGUGUGAUAGAUUCAGCCCUGAGUCGCCUCUGCUACAGAGCUAGUGCAGAUGCCAUUCACAGCGCGGUCAAGGAAGCUAUUCAUAAGAAGAAUGUUGUGCGGAUACUUGAAGUUGGGGGGCAACACGGAGGCCUUGCCACAUAUGCACUGCCUCUCUUAAAUGAGUUUUGUGACGAGAUGCGACUGGAAUACAUAUGCAGUUACCUGGCUUUCCAUUCGGGAGCUUAUCCUCACCAUGACCAACCCCUCAGUUUUCCCUUCGUCAAGUAUAAGCAACUUGAUCUUCAGCAGGACGUAGUGUCGCAAGGGUUCGUGCCAGGAUCUGUGGAUGUCAUAAUCUGUAUGGAGAAAAUCCAACUGUCAGGAGAAUAUGACAGCAGCUUAAGAAAUAUGCACAAGCUGCUUUGUGAUGGAGGCUGGCUUUUUAUGUGCGAGAUGACUAGCGACAGUUGCAUCGGCUCUGUCUUAUUUGAUCGUCAAGAAGGUUAUUUUCUGACUGAGGGAGAAUGGAGGAAUACUCUCAGUGCAAGUGGCUUCCAGGACAUCGUGGUCGCAUCACCGCCACAAGAAUGCUUCCACAGUAUCUUUGUCAGCCGUAAAGUCAAAGACAAUAGAAUAACUUUUAUCACUCAUCCAGCAUCCUGCCCAAUCUUCCUGAUUUUAACUGAUCAUGAUACAACUGACGUCUCGACAUUUCCCAAUGUAGUUUGUGGCAAACUGGGUGUUCCGGCUGACAAAGUGGUACUCAAAGGAAAUGAUCUAAACAGUGCCCUGUCCCAAAACUCAAGGACACAGAGAAACAGCCUGGUUUGCCUCUACAACUCACAACAUGGCCUUUACGAACUGACAAAGUUACUUCAACAGGUUGACUCUAAGACACUGAUGUUCAGAAAUGUGUUUGUGGUUAUCACGGGAACAAAAACAAGAGCAGCUGAAGUGGUGGGUCUCGUUCGAUCAGUGACAAAUGAAAUUCACGUCCCUGUUUACUCUGUCUACAUGGGAGACACUGAAGAUGCCAGCAUAGAAUCAUUGGCUGGGUUUUUGAAUGACAAGGAGGUCAGAGAUAGAGAAAUCGAGAUCAGUGAGGGAGAAAUCAGAGUGCCAAGAAUACUAAGAGCUGAGCUCUCCGCUGAUAAUGAUGUGGUAAAUGAGUGCCACUGGCAGGUUGCAAUCAAUAAAGAUGACACGUCCCAAGGUGGCACAUCAUCUUUUGAAGAUCUUGGAUUUCAAUUUUUGGAUGACUUGGAUCCUCUUCCUGGUCAAGUCGUUGUACAUGUGAAAUCUGCAGCACUCAAUUUCAAGGAUGUAAUGCUAUCGCUGGGACUUUUGGAUGGUUUGGAUGAUAAUGAUGACACAAUUCAUAUUGGCCUUGAGUGCUCGGGAAAAAUUCAGAAAAUUGGUGACGGGGUAAAUUCCUUCAGGGUAGGAGAUGAAGUUAUGGGCUUUGGAAAACACUGUUUUGCUUCACAAACCAUUUGCGACGAGAAGCUGUUAGUUCACAAACCAUCAAGCAUUGGGUGGAACGAGGCUGCUGGCGUUUGUGUCGUGUUUACCACGGCCUAUCACAGUCUCAUCCAGAGAGCCCAUCUCCAGAAAGGAGAAACGGUCCUCAUCCAUUCAGCUUGUGGUGGUGUUGGCUUAGCAGCCAUUCAGAUCGCCAGUAUGAUAGGAGCUCAUAUCAUCUGCACUGCAGGAAGUGAGGAGAAACGAUCUUACCUUAGAAACAACCUUGGGAUCGAACUGGUGACGGAUUCUCACUCAGAAAGAUUUUAUGAUGACGUCAUGGUCUGGACAAAAGGGGCUGGUGUUGAUGUAGUUCUGAAUUCACUGCAUGGUGAAAAACUGUCCAGAGGCAUUGAGGCUCUUGCUCCCGGCGGAAGGUUUUGCGAGAUUGGGAAGAGGGACAUUCUUCAAAAUUCAAACCUCCAAAUGAGUCUGCUGCUUGAGAACAAAUCGUUCUUGUCAUGCCAGAUCGACAGGAUGAUCAAACUUCAGAAAGCCAAAAUGCACGAACUCCUCCUCGAAGUAACGUCGCUGUUUAGAGAAGACAGUGUUCUUGCUUCAAUACCAACGACGGUGUAUCCCAUUGGCGACUACCAGGGGACUUUUGCCAGGAUGGCAAAAGGAAAUCACAUAGGUAAGAUGGUCUUCAAUAUCCCUGCUGAUUUCAAACCUCCUCGGAUCCUGUCUUGCUCUCGUAUCUUUGACAAUAAUGCUACUUACAUUAUCACCGGUGGCUAUGGUGGUUUGGGAUUGGCUCUUGCGAAAUGGAUCUGUGAUAGAGGUGCAUGCUAUUUGGCUCUUGUGUCUCGUCGCGGCUGUAAGACGGAUGCGGCUCAUCGAACAGUGAGGUUCCUGGAGAGGAAAGGAACAACUGUCUUUGGUUUUGCACUAGAUGUGUCCAAAGCAAGCGAUGUUCAGUCCAUGCUGAGUGACUUAGCAACCGUCCACGGUGCCCCAGUGGUGAAAGGUGUGUUCCAUGUUGCUGGGCACAUUGUGGAGGAAUCGUUGUCUACCCUCACACCCGAGGUGUUGAAUAAGAUCUUAGGAGCCAAGGCAACUGGAGCAAAGAAUCUACAUGACCUUACUCGACAUCUUCCUCUUGAAGUGUUCUUCCUGAUGUCAUCGAGUAGUGCUAUGUGGGGACACUCCUCACAACCUGGCUACUGUGCCGCCAAUGCCUACCUGGAUGCGCUAGCAGAGGAGAGACGUGACCAAGGACUUCCUGCGGUCAGCCUCCAGCUCGGACCAGUGAGGGGUGUAGGAUUUCUGGAGAAGAUGAAAGUCACCAUAGAAACUCUGGCAAUAAAGGGAUGCCUAACACUCCACAUUGAUGAGAUCCUACAUGUCAUUGGUCAAAUUCUUCAGACAAAGGAUGCUCCUGCUGUGCUAAGUCUCUCUAACCAGGAAUGGAACAGCACCCUCAAAUUUUGUCAUGAUGGCAUCUUGAAAUUUCAACAUCUCCUCCGAGCAGUAAGGCCGAGGCGUUCAGUCUGUGCUAGUUCAACUCAGCGGAAAGUUCUAGAAGACCGAAUGAGGAAGAAGAUGGCCCACCUCCUGUGCAUCAAUCCCGACAGUAUCGAUUUGGAGCAGUCUAUGGUGACCUAUGGCAUGGAUUCCUUGAUGGCUGUGGAGAUGGUAGCAUGGGCUUCAAAAGAAUUCAACACAUCCAUUACCCAAGUGGAAAUUCUUGGAGGUUUAACAACAGGUGCACUCCUCCAACGACUGCUGUUAAGCCAGACUGUGUAAAAGUGAGAUAGAAUCACGGGUCAAGUAAUUGGUCAUUGCAUUUAUGAUAUCACCCAUCACCCCACUUGUUUCUCUAAAGUCAUUGGUAUUGAAAACUUUACUCAUCUAUUAUGAAAUAAGCAUAAUCCUUUUAAAAUAUAGCCAAGUGUAAUUCGUUUAAUUGAUAACAUUAACAGUUGAUGGGAUUUAGUGAUAUUGAUACUCAUGUCCAUUAAAAAAAUCCCUCUUCCCACUAAAAUGGAAUUAGGCCUAUCUGUCUGGCAUUUUACACUGAAUGAAAGCACAUGAUUGUAUAACUUGAAGCAGGUGACGAUUUCAAAAUGGAAAAAAAAUCUUCAUAAAAAGAAACUUGGAAGUGUCAGGCAACAUGACACUUACAUACUAAACAUAUGCAUGCGUAACAUUUUCCUGUACUCACAAGCUUUGAAAGUAACAUGCUCUAAGAAUGACUGAGAGAACUUGAGAUUGAUACAGGCCUAAACAUGAUAUAGAAAUAGGCAACAUUUAUGUGCAGUAUUUCUCCCAAACACUACUGGCGCUUUGAAGACAUACAUUGUUUAAAAGAAGGGUCAUCAUUUCAUAUAGGCCUGACGUUAAUCAAGUGGCCUUUGUCACGUCAGGUCUUAGUUAGUAUAUAUGGACCCAAGGCCCUGUCUAAAUUAAUUUGCAUUAAGCCUAGUAGACGUAAGCCGGAUAAAAUCUGAAGCUGCUGUUAAGUAGAAGCUAAACAAAUAUAAAUCAGAAAACGUACUUGUACAAAUUAACGCUUAAUCCUGAGUGUCCAUAAUGACCAAUCAGGCACAAUCAGGCUGAUCUACAGUCCUAAUCUACUACGUGACGUUUGUCAUCACGUAAACCCUUCAUGCUUGUAUUUAAUCCUUACCAUUUUAACCAGUUUCAGCGACUAGAUCAAUAAUUAACUUGGCUGACUCACCCAGCCAAAAACCUGCUCAGUUCCCGGGUACACGACUUCCACUUCCAACUAGAUUUAGCGAUACAAAAACAUGUAAUAACAUGCGUAAAUUUCCCCAAAGAUGAUAUCCCGCAAUUGGUGGUUGCUAGCUUAUAAUGGCUGCAUUCUAGCAAGCCUCGUUCAAUUUUAAUUAAUGUGUCUAUUCGAAACAAAAAAAGUAAAGCAAAAGGUACAAAAAGUAAAAAUUGAAUGUGUAAAUCUAAAACAUAAUAUUUAGUCUGUAUCGUCCUCUUGUCGAUUUCACUUGUAAACAAGAAGAAUAUUCAUGUCUUAACACUUUCAACCUAUCACGUUCUCGGGCCCGGCUCGUAAAUAAAACUUGCACCAUAACACAGAUAUAAAGUUAGUUUGAUAUUGGACAUUCUACAGGUUUGUACAGCAAAUGUUCCAUGUUUUAGAAAUUAGACAUUUACAUAUGUUUUACCGUGAAUUGCCAUUCAGACAUUCCCUGUACAAACCAGUGGGUAUGUCCAAUGUCCAAUAUCAAACUAACUUCACCGUAACAGUGUGGAAAGUGUGGGUGUGUGGCUUGGGGGAGGCUUGCUGAAGGUUUAUUGCAUCUGUAGAAUUAAUUUGCAUGUACGAGUGCGUAAAUUUUAUAAACUCGCAAAAGCUUUGGGAAACAAACUGAAAUUUCUGUAAAUGAACACAGAUGCCUUUAGAUAUGGUAAAAUAUUUCUGAGCUUAAAAUAAAGUGUUACUUCAUCAAAAAGUGGAGUUUCAUUGACACAUUUAUUUGAUAAAAUUAACAAAACAUGUUUCACUACAUUAUCACUGUAUACUGCAAUUUGUAGCCACUGUGUCAACUUAAAAUCUCUACAUUUCUACAUACAAAUACAGUAUAAAUUAUAUUUACAGUAUGAUUUCUGCGGGUUUCAAACAGGUUGGAAAACUGGGCUUUUAUAUUAAUUCUGAAUAUUAAGAAGCUGGGACAGUAAAGAUAAUAAAGUAAUGCUUCCACAUGUUCAAAAUGUAUUUCAUCCUCUCAAAAUUAUAAUUAAUUUAGAACAAAGUAAGAUGUUUAACCAUUUUCACUGAUUGUAUGAUAUACAGAGAUAGGCAUAACCUUCCCAAACCUUCUCAAAUUCCUUUAACCCUGUACAGGAGAGUACCGGCACAUGGCUGUUCAUAUGAAACUCAUCCAGAUAAAACGCUGAAUUAAUAAGCCACAAUAAGAUUGAUGAAAGUAUUAGUUACAGAUGGCCAAAAUGCAAAAAGAUUCGUCAUAACAAAUUUUCGAAAUAGAUUUUAAGAACUUUAAUACACUCUUUAUAACAUUGCGUAUACACCUUAUAGUCGUAGCCAUUUUUAGAUAAUCUUAUCAAUAAAUAGAGAAUAAUAAAUAGAAAAGCACUGUCUAUGGUGAAUAUUGCACUAAGAAAAAAGUACUAGAAAUCUCCUUUGUAGAACGCGCUAUAUUUUUAUGCAAAUAUUAUAUCCACCGUUUUAUAAGUGUUAUGCUAGUAAAAAAUUGAGGGAAGUGACUAUUAUGUAUUUUUAUUGCUGCCAAAUGGCUCCCAAAGGUUGGGGAACAAAUCAUACAUUGUCUCUUUAGAUGGUUUUACGGUUACGAAGUGCUCGACUUUUUUUCACAACAAGGAGCCUAAAAAAUAGGAAAUCCUAAAAUUAAUACCAUAUCUCAAAAACUUUUAAGAGCCCAGAGCCUACACGAUUUCAGCAGGGGAACUUAAUUUUAUAGACACAGUGCCUAUAUGUUACGUAUGAUUCUAAUUUUGCAACAAAACAUUACCUGUCUUUAGCAGGUAAGUUAAUAUUUGACAGUUAUAUAUUCUGUGGCAUAUAUCCACAGAUCCUCAUGACUGAUUUUCAGGACCACAAGCAAAAGUAGCCAAGAGUCCUUUGAUUUGGAAGUCAGUCAGGAAUUUGAACUUUUGUAAAAGGGGGCAACGUCAGAAGGUUUUUGCUGAGGGCUACCACAAUGAGGACGAACAAAAAUCCCGAGUGCAGGUGGAAUUUGAACUAGAAAUGGAAAAAAAAA